AUGGCCAUUCUCCUUCGCAAUACGGGCUUUGGUCGGACCCCGAGGCUGCUCAUCAACAAGCCAACUGGCCUCAACCAUCAUCGCGCGACCGCAGAUGCCGCCAUCCACUUGUCCAAGGAUGAGCUUGUGCCCGAAGAAGCAGUCUAUCUGGUGGACUGGACCGGUCCUACGGACGAGGACAAUCCCCGGAACUGGCCAUCGUGGCUCAAGGUGCUCGUGCUGUGCAAUUUGUUGAUAGCCAACCUCAGUUUCUACACGGCGCCGGGAAUCUACUCAGCCAAAAUUACCUCGAUCCAGGAAUCCUUGGGUGCCUCUUACGAAGUAAGUCGCCAGCUUACAGUGCGAGUCCUAAACCCCGGUAACUACGAAACAAAGAGACUGAUUACAUCCUAA